AUGAAGCUCUUCACUCCGAUAGUGACAUUCCUUUGGAUGGUAACCUGCGCGUUUGCCGCAACCCCGAGUCCAAGCAAGUUUGAGAAGUACCUGUCACUUUCUCGCUCCGGACCUCUUGACUUGGACGAUUCCCUAUAUGAGGACUUGACUUCGAAACCUCGGGACUAUCAUGUUGCAGUUAUCCUCACUGCCACAGAUGCGCGAUAUGGAUGCAUCUUAUGCCGCGACUUUCAGCCAGAGUGGGAGCUCAUCGCUCGCAGUUGGAGCAAGGGCUCGAAAUCUGAUGAGCUCAAGCUGCUUUUCGCUACCCUGGAUUUCAGCCAAGGAAAGGCUACGUUUCAGAAGUUGAUGCUACAAACCGCCCCUGUCGUACUUGUUUUUCCGCCAACCGUUGGUCCUUUUGCCAAGGUUGAUGAUACCCCUUUCAGAUUCGAUUUUAGCGGUCCAAUUUCGGCCGACCAGCUGUACACCUGGAUCAAUCGACAUCUGCCAGAAGGCUCAAAACCACCCCUCGUUCGCCCCAUAAAUUACAUGAGACUAAUAACUGUCGUCACGCUGUUGAUGGGGGCAUUGACUAUGUUCACUGUGCUCUCUCCCUACGUUCUACCAAUCAUCCAGAAUCGUAACCUGUGGGCCGCAUGCAGUCUGAUUGCUAUCUUGCUAUUCACUAGCGGCCAUAUGUUCAACCAUAUUCGCAAAGUACCAUAUGUUGUUGGUGAUGGCAAAGGUGGUAUCAGUUACUUUGCCGGCGGGUUUUCCAAUCAGUUUGGGAUGGAAACGCAGAUUGUCGCUGCUAUUUAUGCCGUUCUCUCCUUCGCAACAAUCGCCAUAGCAAUGAAGGUUCCUCGCAUUGCGGACAAUAAGGCGCAGCAGGUCGCCGUGGUAAUCUGGGGAACCGUAUUGCUUGGUAUGUAUAGUUUCCUCCUCAGUGUUUUCAAGGCCAAAAAUGGCGGAUAUCCCUUCUUUUUGCCGCCGUUCUAG